UUGGAGGCGUAGGAGCUCCAGAUCAGAAUAUCUGGAGUAAUCGGUUCAUAUCGUUUCAUUGGUGCUUUAUUCAUGUGAUCAUUGUCAUCACUUAUUGUUAUCACAGCAAUGUCAUCUGAUGUUUAUUCUUUUCAUUAUUUUUCUUUGUUUAUUAUAAUUUGCAGUGGUUUCUGCAUACAUAAAAGCUUUGCAGAUGAAGAUAGUUCCGAGACAGGUAUAAUUCUUGGAGAGAAGUGCAAAAAACCUGAACAAUGCCAAAAUGUCACGCAUAACAGCACUUGCUCCGAUGGAAUUUGCGUUUGCGCUGAUGGAUUUUUCCAAAUCCAGAGAAUCAACAGCUCUUCUUGUGAAUCCGAUUCCAAGGAUAAAACAGAUGAGUUAUACGUUGGAAGUCCCGAACCUCCAAGGCCGCGACAGCAGCAAGUGGAUCUAAAGAUGAUCAUCAUCAUGGUAGUGCUGGCAGUGAUGUUCAUUGGUAUAUGUGUUGCUCUCCACAUGUUUAGCAAGGCCCGCUUCUGGAACCACAGAACUAUCUUUAAUUCUCCUCACCCGAGACUUAUGCAUAUUAAGCUCGGUAAGAAGAAAGGUAGAAGAAGAGCCAGCCACACCAGCCUGGAGGUUCCCGGAUCGAGACAAUUGAGUAUUUGUUCCCAACUCUCUCCACUCCAGUCCCGUAGAGGAAGUCAAGCAACUAGCCCAGAGUAUAUUCAGAAAGCUCGAAAAUCCAACGAUGGAAAGAGAGAACCUGGGUCACAUGCUCACAGAGCCCCGAAACCGGAUUCUUCUCACAAAGGUGCUUCAAAAGCCGAUGCUCCAGCUAAUGUGACCAACGGUCCUGGCUCACCGACGGUCAUUGUUUCCAGCAAUCGGGGCAAUACCAAACCUCCUAAUGCCUCCGCCAGAGUCUGAAUCUUAAAUUUCAUAUCUGCUACUCUAAAAAAUGCGCCCUUAUUUAUUUCAACUCUUUAAGGGUAGAAUCUAGACCAUCAAUUGCAAAUUAUCAAGUCUGAUAGAAAUGAAUUGCUCAAGUUGGUUUUUCAAACGUGGCAUUAUUUUCUAUCGCUUUGGAUGAGCCAGAAAUAUUUGGUGUAUUGUAUUAUAAUUUAUCCUUAAAAGAGCAAGGAACAAACUUUUCUGUACUAACUCCAUGUACCAACUACCCUUUUGUUUAGAUAGUUUAGAAAAAGAAACUUUUAUUAGACCAUUUAAUAAACCAUUGAACCUUUAUUAAAUGGUUAAUGUUUAUUACAUUCCAACUCUUCUUAUCCAGAGAUUUUGUGAGUUAGAUUCAACAAGUUCCUUUAUAUUAGUACUUAACUAUACCUUUGCAGACUGUUUAGUUUGAAGCACACGAUUUUACUUGAUUACGACCCUUGCUCAUAUAUCCUAUUUUAGUGCUUCAACAAUGUUCCGUGAAUUUAUAUUCUGAUUUUCCGCACAGCGGGAUUCUGAUUGAACCUAAUAUGUCCUCCACGCAUGCAUAUCAUAUUUGCAUGCAAGUCCAUGAUUAUACCGUCAAGUUUCAAAUUGCGUGUUUCUGAAUGGAAUAUGUAUCUUUUCCUUGUAUUUUUACAAUUUUAUAAAUUUCUAAAGGAAAAUCUAUUUGAACCUUACCAGUUCGAAACAGAUCAGAUUCUUUGCAUAUUUAUUUAAAAAAAACGGCCUCCAGUGAAAUGACUAAAAAAUUUUAAACGUCCUCAUUUUGGAUUUGUUACUCGUGCUCACUCAUCAGUAUUUAUCUGCUUUGAAAGAAAAUUAAUCUCUCGCUUUCAGUCCUUUUUACAUAUAAAGCUUCAGCCAUUGUGCCUGUUCGCAGCACACGCCAUGCUUUUCAUAUCACUGGGACCAUUGUAUAUUUGCAUACAAACUACAACCAAUUUUGCUCUGUUUAAAAUGAAUGUAAAUUCUACUCAUUGUUAAUAAAAAAAGUUGAUUAAAGCAGCACAAACUUUGCUGCUAGUCCGAAACAUGUGCUCAGGUAAAAACGAAGCACAUUCGUUCCUCUCUUUGAUAAUUGAGAAGUUUAUUAAGCAAAAGUUCUAUAUUCCUGUUAAUUGGUUAGUAACAAAGUUCCUGUUUCUGAAUGACAGCCUAUUUGGUCUAAGAAAGUGGUGUAUUAGGUUAAAAUCUGAAUAGCAAUAACACUAAAAAUGAGUACUAGAAAUAAUUCGAAAGUCAGCUGCACAGAUCGGACUGCUCUAGUCCAUUGAAUUAAAUACAUGCACCAGGAAAGAUACACUGCUUUCCUUUUAAGCUAUAUUGUAUUCCACAUCAAUCUAUAUACUGUAUAACAAAGCUCACAAAUAGUUUCAACUUCUACCGGUUUAUUGAAAAUGUUUAUAAGAAUAGAUGUCAUGGACAUUUUGAAAUUUGAAUGCACACGCCAUGUACUCUUCGACUAUGAUUUAAUCCACCACUUGGUAGAGUGAUUUCAUGUUAUUGUACUGUGGCAUGUCCAUUGUUCACAUUUACAAGCGAGCCUGUUUGCUUCAGAAAGUUCAUGGCUGAACAUUGUUGAUGAUACUUAGCACUUGUAAACUUGGCUUUGACGGUACUUAAUCACUUAAUAGAGUGAUUUAAUAAUAUUGUACGAUGGUAUAUCUAUUGUUCACAUUUAUAAAGCGAGCCAGUUUGCUUCAGAAUGUUCAAGCGAUGAACAAUGUUGAUGAAAUCGUAGGUUUAGAAUAUAGGCUAAAUGAUUCAGUGAAACUUUAAAUGAAUUACAUCACAUAUUCGUAAAAACAUUUCAUUUUUGGUGGAACGAGUAACUUUAAAGCACUUUAGAGAUUUAGAAGAUUCCUUAGUAACAUCUGUAUUUACAUUUUGGAUGCUAUUCAAUGCCUUCGAGUAUCGGUUACUAUAUGAGUGAUUAGGUGGAGAAGUACACAUAUAGAUUUAUUUCAUUCCAAAUAGAGUAGGAAGGCACUCAUAUAACAGUAUAUAUUUUUUUUGAAGCGGUGUUAGCUUAUGCAGUCCUACCAGUAAGUGACGCGUUUAGAUGUAGCAUUAUUUUAAUCGAGACAUGAUUUUGAAACAAAUUUUUCUCUUACUAUAAAUGUCUUUUAUUACAUAGAUGUAAGUAAGGAAAUUGAAAGCACUUUCUAUGUAAAAUCCCAAAAGUUCACAUUCCUCAGAUGAAGAAAAAGGAAUGUAGACGUUGUACCAAAUGUAGAAAAGAACCUUUCGUGAUCAUUAGCUAAAGGAUCAGUUCAUGCUUUCGAGUUUUCGAUUAAUCAAAAGAGUAAACAAUGCUACGAUUAUUGAUUUAAUGUGACAGAUUCGAUUAUUUCUAGAGUUUCAAGAUAUGAAUUAUUAUAUGCGAAUCCCUUUUUACUGAAUUGGCCAAAUAAGCUGAUUUACUUUGAGCACAAAAUGAAGAAUUAUAUUUUAUAAAAACAUAAUACAUAGGAAGUUAAAGUAAUUUCAAUUUCUUUAACAUUUUAUGGUGGAUUUAUAUGAACGAAAUAUCCCACGAAAUCGAAAUUUAAGAAAUGCUUGGUGUUUAAGAUAUUAAAUAUAAAGUAUAGUACUAUUUUUAAUUUAAUUUGGAAAAUUUUAUAUGCCAAUUUCAGUUUUGAGACAUAAAUUAUUAUUAUAUGUAAAUCUAUUUCUUGAAUUGGCGAGGUACAUUGGUUUAUUUUUACAAAAUAAGACGAAAAUUUUAUUUACUUUUUUUAUCGAAAAACUUAACACAUUGGAUAAUGAGUUAAUUUUUUCUUUAACUUUUAAUAUUCUAAAAAAGGAAUGAAAUGGUCCUCGAAAUAGCAAUUUUAGAAUUGAAAUGUAUUAAAAAUGCAGAGUCGUUAUGCAACGGGUUAAAAGAGAUGUUGAGUAAUUAUUAUAUGCGAAUCUCAUCAUUGAAUUGAUGUAGCGUAUUGAUUUAAUUUUAUAUAAAAAAUCAAUAUGUUAUAUUUUAUGAAAAAUAUGAAACAUUGGAUAAUAAGUAAUUUCGUUUCUUUAACUUUUAUUAAUCUAAUACAAGAAUUCACAAAUACAAACCUUAUAAUGGUUUGUGUUUCAGAUGCGUAUCUGUACCAUAAAAGAUAGAAAGAAUCGGUUGGUAACGGCUGGAAACAUUUUAGGUACAUUACAUAUUACUUGAUAUUUCUUCAACUUUGAAAUAUCGAGAUUAUUCGAAUAAAUGCAUUCCUUCUUCAGGUCAUCUGAUUUAUUUAUCUGAAGGAGAAUUAAAAUCUAACCCUAAACUGUGGGGAAGGUGGAGGGGGGAGAUAUAAGUGGAUUCGCUAGACUGAAUGCAAAUAAACUACUGCAAGCCCAAUGUUUCUUAUUAAAGAUUUUCAGAUGGUCAUUAUAAAAGGUGAUACUUGUAUAUUAUAAUUCCGUUCAUAAUAUCGAGCAUUUUAAAGUGCAUGGCAUGAAAUGGCAGCCCAUUUACUUUAGAGUGCAAUGCAAUAAUAUGCAUUUUUCCUCGUUUAUUUGAGAAUAACAUAUGCUUACUACUAUAUAAUGCGUAUGCCUUAGUAAACGGUGCACAGGGAAAUAUCGCCCACUUUCAAAUAUCUACUUAAAGUCACUACCCAGAAAUCUUUCAUAUUCGUUGUUUACUUAAACAUCAAAAUAAUGACUCUACUUUUAACUAAGCCCCUUUUUGUGUAUAGUUUUUGAUGUGUUGAUUUAUUUAUUUAUGAGAUUUUUGCUUCCUAUUAUAUUAUAAAUAUCAAGUUCUUGAAUAUUUUAUGUAUUUUUCUGUCAUUCUACUGGUUUUCAUUCACAAUCAGUAAAAAUAGAAUUAAUUAUCUGAUUACUAUAUAAUAAAUUUCUAUUAUUUAUUCUGAAAUGUAAAAGAUUUUUCAAUUCAUUUAAAUAUAAGUUGAUCUUACAUUAAGUUUAUUUAUCAGUGGAAUGCAUGUAUUAAAUGCUAUCUAAAUCAAAUAUUGUAAGUGACAUCUGGCACUGACAUUUACAAUAAAUGGCAUCUGGCAGAUGCCUUCAAACCUUAUAUUUCCAUUAAUUCUAGAAAGGCAGAUUAAGACAAUUUCUUAUUGUUUACGAAAUUCAUGUUAACUUAUUUAUUAAGUACCACUACACACACAGAUACAGAGAAAAAAAGUUAGAUUUUUUCUAACUAAAUUUGCAAAAUUUAUUGUUAAAUUUAUAAAAUUUAACAGACUUGUAAUUGUAAUUGUACAGACAAAAUUGUAAGAUAUCAAGAAUUUUCUAAAAUCAAACAAAUUAAAUUUGCUAGAUCUUUUACAAGAUGGUUUAAUAAAUCUUAGCUUGAAGUGAUGUUAGAGUAACGAAAAAAAAUUUAGACACAUUUGUUGGCCUCUUUUUAUGAUUUCAAGACAAUUUUCUGUCCUGUUUUGUUUGAUUUAUUUAAUUGAUAAAAUAUAAAAUUUUUGAUAUUCUAUUGGUUAUACUCAUAUUUUUAUCUUGCUAAAUAAGCAAUGUAGUACCAAAUCAGAUGAUUGUGGAUAGUGUUAAACAUAUGCAUUACCUAUGAAGUCAAUUUCCGGUGUUUUAGAAUUCUGUAUGUUGAGCGAAAAAAUGCAAUAAUUUUACAGAUUAUUGACUAUAAUAUAUUGUUAGUAUGGCACUAUCCUAUGUAGUAAUUUACAUUAUUAAGUAAUAUAAUGCACUUUUUUACAAUUCCUAAAUUACAAUUUGUUAUACUCUGCUAAUUCAGGCAGAAAAGAACAUAUUGAAAGUAUAAUCCAUCCAUUGAUUGUAUGAAAGAUUUUUUUAAAAUUUAUGACUCUUUUUUUUUUCUUUGAAAUAUAAAAAUACGAGGGCUGCUUUUAUCAAUAUCGCCUUUAAAACAGGGUUACAAAUCUAUUAUAAAUAUGAAACAAUUAUUGCAUAGAAAAUGAAAAAAAAUUCUUCCAUGUAAUCAUAUCUUUAAUUACACCAUCCAUCAUACUAAGGUAAAAGCUUUCAUUUGACAUUUCACUAAAAACUGUCAUCAAUUGAGUAGACUUGUACACAGAAAAAAUAUUCAGUAUUUCAAUUGCAGAAAUAUUAAUUCAAACAAAUUUUAUGCUAACAGUUCUAGAAUGGAUAGAAUUUAAAUCUAAGGAACAAUAAGGGAAUAAAGAAUUUAUUCUACCCACACAGUGUUUAGUGAUUGUAGAACAAUUUCUUUAUUUAGUACAGGUUUAUGUUCCUACUAACCCAUAAUAAUAAGAUUCUAUAAAAAUAGAAUUCAUUAUUAUAAAAAAAAUAUUACAGAAUACUGAAACAGUGUAUCAGUCUGAAAGUCGCCAUUAAUAUAAUUUAUUGCUGAUAAAUUUGGCAGUGACUUAAAAAAUUCAAAAUAUAAUAACUGUAUGUCGACAAACGAAACACUAAUUCUUCUUAAGAAGUCAAAAUAAAACUCUUACCUUGAUAUGGUAAAUGCAUAUAUCAAGAACAUGCCUGUGAAGAAAAAAAAGAAACUUACAACUUUACUAACAUUUUCUAUACAAUAAUUGUUUCAUGUUGAUUUUGAUAUUUAAUUCUAAUUUGAUAAAAAGUUGGGAAAAUGUAUGUUAUAAAUAAUUUUGAAUUCUACUGUAAAAAUAUCAAUGUUCAAAACUAAGACAUUUAGUCCAAAUCCCAAGGGAAACAGUCCAAUUGCAUUUUUAUAACUUUAACUACAUAACGUAUGAAUUUCAGGCAACUGUUAAAAAUUGUUUUCCUUAAAUGCCAUGUUUACAACCUGAGCAUAAUGGUUUGAGUAAUAUAUGAGCGGGGUUAAGUGCAGAGUAUUUGAUGAUAGAAGAAGGAAUUUAACUAAUUCAAAACUUUUUUUACCGAAGGUUUGAAUAUGAUAAAAUUCAUUUAUAACAAAUAUUUAUCUCUGAAGUAAAAUAUUUAGCAAAUUAAUAGAUAGAGAAAAAUUUCAGUAUAUAAGUAUAUGAAACUGAACCAUAUUUCAAGUAGCAGAGUGAGAAAUUCGGAAAUUUUCUGUACAGUGCAAGACAAGUGGUGUGACUGAAUCUUGGUUUAAAGUAUUUUUAAGUCACUUAACACACAGCAUGUGCACAGGGUAAGGAAUAAUACCGGGAUUUGCAAAAAUAUUAUAAAUAUCAGAAGGGUCUUCUCUGCAUUUUCCCUCGAAUUAUUCAAUGUGCAUUCAUUGUCAUUUUAUUUAUAUCGAAAAAGGAAUUAUUUUUAGAAAUUCAUCUUUCAGUUAAGCGAAAUAUUUUCCAGGAAUAGUUUCAUUACCCCAUCAAAAGCUUUACUGGUAUCGGUAAUGUUGGUGCUACAAUUAUUGUCUUAGUUUUGAACAUAAGAAUGGUAUCAAAUAAUAGAAGAGAAUUCUAAGUAGAGAUUUGUUUCUUGCGAUAAAAGUGGAAAUGAUUACGUAUUUUUAUUAGGGAUAGUUCCAAUAAAUUAUUUUUUUUUCUUAAGAAAAAAGCUAAAGAUGUUAUGUAUUUUCAUUCAAAUAUAGUUUUUGUGAGUAUUUCUUUGUUUUAAGAAAAGGAAAUAUAUUGAGUAUUUUACUUUACCAAGUUUGAAAUUUUUUGUUAUUAAACGCAAAAAUUUACUUUAUUGGAAUAUGCUGUAAUUUUUUUAAAAAGUGUGAAUGA